GUAAUUUGGACUUCCUCUGCCUUCUCUCCUCUUGUUCUUCCUGGUUGGCUGUAAAGCCUAUUGUUAAUCUUCCAUUCUCAAUUUUUUUCAUAAUCUUGACUUCUCUGUUCUAACUUCUCUUUUGUGACUUCCUGAUGCUUACCAUAUUGGGAGUAAUGAAUCAGCUGUUCAGUUAACAAACAUAGAUUGCCAACUUUUAGUAUCUGUUUGCAGUGACUUAUAAAUUGGAAAUCCUAUGGUAAAUACUAAUCUUAAUUUAGCAGAUAAAGCUUACAACUUAGGUGUAAGUGGCUUCCUUGUGUGUAUCUUUCUGUUGAUGGACUGCCUUUAUUUGUCUGUCUGUAAGAGAAAAGAGUCAGGUUGUGGUGUAGAACAUUUUGAGGCAAAGUUGGGCAUUUUGCUCGUGAGUGAGAAGACAGUAGGUAGAAUAGAAUUUACAGUGAUUAAAGAGUUUGUUGCCUUACCUUGUGAUUAUUGGAUAUCAGAACACAAUGUACACGACAGUGGCAACAUUACGUUAAACAUCAUUAGUAACCACAUAAAUUUCAUGCUGAUAACCCACAACUAAUGUGAAUGAAUGAUUUUCUUCUCCUUAUGGCUGAGGUUUCUAGCAAAAUGGUGCAUUCUGGCAGCUUCUGCUUUUUAUGUUGUGCUUUAUGGUUUGUUUUUUGAAAGACAGUUUUAAGGUGUUUUAAGCUUUGUCAAGGACAAAGCUGUUUCUGGAUUGUUGGUGGAUUUCAUAGGUGCUUUGAAACCAGCAUUGCUGUUAAAACAUUGGUGUAUGUGAGAACUUUGGGAAAAUUGUAUGACCAAUGAAAUGAAUGGCGCAAAGCAGUAGGGACAAGUAGGGACAUAAUCUUAGAAGAAAAAGUAUUAGCUUGGAAGGAGGUCAUACUUCUAGUGAAUUUUUUUCAAGGGCUAGUUUAAAAUGGCACAAGAAGUAAGCACAUGGUAGUUAAUUCUCAGAUGAUAUGGAGUUGAAGGCGGUUGAAAUGUAUGACCUUGAGGACUGAAGAAAAAGAAAUGAGAUGAAUUGGUUCAAAAUAUGGAGUUAUAGAGAGACGCAGUAACAAAAACUGAAGCUUAUUGCUUGAAAUAAUGACAGAAGAGAAAGACUUUGCUGUCGUAGGCAAUAAUGACAAGUUGUGUGGAAGUAUUAGUGUUGUGGCACCUGUUAGGAAAGGUAUUCCCUGUAACGCAUAACAGAAACAUUACUGACAUUGUAUGAAGGCUGUGUGAGAACUUUUUCUGAUUUCCAAUUCUGACUGCCUUUUCUUGACAGAAAAAAAGUUAAACUAGCACAGGUGGAAAGACAGGGAUGGUCAGAAAGGGCAGUUAAGUUAAUUGCAGUAACUUUCUUUUUUUGCGAGCAGUCUGGGAAAUUCUCUCAACUUAAUGCCUUAUUUAGCUGAAAUCUGAAGGGAGGAAUGAUUGCUCUGCAUUACUGUGUAAGUGAGAAUAAGUGCCAAGCUAGGGAGGGGUACUUGGUUCAUCUCUCUUAUAUUGCAUGUUGGCAGAGGGACAAAAGGUUAGGAACUGAUCAGGGUACACUUAGACUAGGAACUAGAGGAAGUAUCUUGCCUAUGAGAAGAGCAAAGUUUUCAAGCAAGUUCGUGCUGGAGUGCCUGAUUGAGGAGGAAUGAUAGAUCUAAUGCAUUUCAAGCUUGAUAAAACCAGGUUCAAAGCCACCUACAACUCCAGUGAAACUAAAGAAAGUCAGCACCUUCCAAGAAUUUGAAAGUAACACAAGUGAUGCUUGGGAUCUUGGGGAUGAUGAUGAUGAACUCUUAGCAAUAGCUGCUGAAAACUUAAAUACAGAAGUGGUCAUGGAAACAGCUCACAAAGUAAUUCAGAAUCACAGCAAGCUACAAGAACAGCAUAAAUUUCAGGAAGAACAUCUACAGGAAGAAAAACAAGUAGAAUCUCCAGAGCUGAGUUCAGUUCCAUGUGGUGAUAAUAGGCUUGUUAAAUCAGUCAGUGAAGGUCAUACAUCGAGUUCAUCAGAUAAUGCUAGUGAAAAUUCUUCCAUGCAGAGAUCACAGUCCCUUCCACAAACUUCCACACCUCCCUUGGUGAGUGGAAUGGCAGACUAUAAUACCUCAAUUACUCCUGCAUUGACUGAAAGAGAAGCAUCCCGAUUGGACAAAUUUAAGCAGCUACUUGCUGGCCCCAAUACAGAUCUUGAAGAAUUACGGAAAUUGAGCUGGUCUGGCAUUCCCAAACAGGUUCGUCCAGUUGCAUGGAAGCUUCUUUCAGGCUAUCUUCCUGCAAAUGUGGACCGAAGAGAAAGCACUUUAAAAAGAAAACGCAAAGAGUAUUUCGCAUUUGUUGAACAAUACUAUGAUUCCAGAAAUGAUGAAAACCACCAAGAUACCUACAGACAGAUCCAUAUUGAUAUUCCACGCAUGAGUCCUGAAGUUUUAAGACUUCAGCCCAAAGUAACAGAGAUCUUUGAAAGAAUUUUGUUUAUCUGGGCAAUACGUCAUCCAGCCAGUGGAUACGUUCAGGGCAUAAACGAUCUUGUUACUCCUUUUUUUGUAGUCUUCGUUUGUGAAUAUAUAGAAGAAGAAGAAGUGGAAAAUUUUGAUGUUUCCAGUUUGCCUGAAGAAGUGCUGCAGAACAUAGAAGCUGACAGUUACUGGUGCAUGAGCAAGUUGCUUGAUGGCAUUCAGGACAACUACACGUUUGCCCAGCCAGGAAUUCAGAAGAAAGUGAAAAUGUUAGAAGAACUUGUUAGUCGGAUUGAUGAGCAAGUUCAUAGGCACUUGGAUCAGCAUGAGGUGAAAUACUUGCAAUUUGCUUUCCGUUGGAUGAAUAACCUGCUGAUGAGAGAAGUCCCUUUACACUGUACCAUCAGGUUGUGGGACACAUACCAAUCUGAACCAGAGGGUUUUUCUCACUUCCACUUGUACGUCUGUGCUGCCUUCCUUGUCAGGUGGAGGAAAGAGAUCCUGGAAGAGAAAGAUUUUCAAGAAUUGCUGAUAUUUUUACAAAAUUUGCCCACAGUACACUGGGGAAAUGAAGAAAUUAGUGUUCUCCUAGCAGAGGCCUACAGACUGAAGUUUGCAUUCGCGGAUGCCCCCAAUCAUUACAAGAAAUGAAUAUAAAGAGCCAGAAAUCAUUACGACCAACGUGUUCUGCAGUAUUAUGGCAUCUGUUGUUCUGGUCGUGCUUUCAGCUCACUGCUCUUUCAUUUGAAUUAAGAUGACCAUUAAAAUUCUGUUAGAAUUUGAAGGAUGAGAACAGAAUACCAAAGAAAUGAACAAAGCGGGAUAUCAAGUGUUGAAUGAACUUAAAAGUGAACUUUUUUGCUCAGCAUGAAAAGUGGGUUCAGAAGUCUAUCGCAUAAUUCUCUUCUUCUUUCUGCUUCUCUAAUUAAGAGCAUUGCACUCUGUCUGAUUUAUGUCAAGCAAUUUUUUGUAUGUACCUAAGACUUAAAACUACUUAUGGAACGAUUUUGUCAUUACUUCAGUUGUCACCUGCCGUGACUUUAUCAGCCAGUUUUGGUUAGUAAAAGUUAUUUACUUUGAGUAGGAAAAAAGACUCUUCAUAGUCGUAAAGACCAUAUGAGACAGCAAGGCCUGUGUUUUGAGGUCCGGUUAUAACUCAGAAGACACAGAUAUUCGCACACCAUCUGUUGUUUUUCCAUGGAAUUAGGUUAGAAUACUUCCAUAAUUUAAGAAUAUAGAAGGUUGCAAUGGAAAUUGCUGGCGUUUUCUAAACAUUACUCAGUCUUGCAGGGAGCUGUAGAAGCUUUUAGCCAUACAAAUGAGUUACUUAAAGACGAAGACUCAUUUAUAGCACUAAAAUAAAUCCCUCUCUAUACAUUUUGGAGUGUCUUUAAAAUAUUGAAUGAAAUAGAAGACGUGGUCUUGUCAAAGUAAUUAAAGCUUUUCUUUCAAGACAUUUCAAUUUUUCAGCAUGAAAGUUCACUUUUAAGAAACAUAUUAUGAAGCUUGGUUUACAAAGCAAGAUAUAUUUUUAUCUCAGUUGUUGCCUUAUUCUCCAUUUCUAGCAUGUUAGAAAAGGAAAAUUAAUACAUCUUUCCAAAGCUUUUUCGUUAAAAAAAUUAAUACCUUUUUCCUGAUUAUUCAGAGGAAGCGAGAAGAUAAUUCCCAAUAACAAUAACUAUAUACUCAGAUCACUCUUGCGUCAUUAGCAGAAUAAAAAUCCUCUAUGACUUUAUAGAAUUAAAUUAAUGUUUCGCCAUCUAAUCAUGGGUUACCGAAUAAUUUCUUAAAACUUACAUCAUUUAAGUGCCCUAUUUAUUUUCAAGAAAUCUUUUCAGCUAAGAAUUCUGCUGUUGCUUUAUUGGAUGUAAAUAACGCAUAUUAAUUUGUGCCUACCCUACGCGUACAGGUUAUUAAGGGUGAGAGUUGCAAUAAGCAAUAUACCGGAAGCUCAGAAUUGCUAUUCCUCAGUUCAGUUCUUGAGUUGCACAAAAAGUGCAGUGCACUUCUAAGUUUGGGAAGUAAAAGAUCCUCGAGAGGUUUUCUCUUAUGACUUGUUAUUGGAAGAUUAUUUUCAAGUUCUUAAAAAUACGUAGAUACAUAUUUUAAAGAAAGCUUUCUAGAUGUGUCAGUUACAUUACUUGUUUUAGGGGCCUUCGUUCUUGACACGGACUUUAUAAUAAUUAGGUGUUUCAGGGUAAAUAGAAUAAAAUACGUUUUUACCAACGUGUGAUUAUGAGAUCCGUACUUUAAAUUUAUAUGAAACCUUUGUUAGAAGAGACAAAACUGAAUUAAUUGAGAAGCGGGAGUGUCUGGUGACUAGGAUGCAUUUCUGUUCCACUGGUGUCAGCUGCGGUUUUCAGUUGCGUUGGAUACAAGUUCAGGCCUCUGAGUUUGCUGCGUUUGUGCCUAGAGUGUGUAGUGGAUGGUGUUUCUUAAAUGCCCACAUACUGUUUUCUGUAGCUUCAGUUCGUCGUCUAAUGUAUCAAAACUUAUCUUUAUGUUUACAAAGAAUGUCAUAUUGUGCCUAACAGAAUAUCUACCAAUAACAGAAUAAAAGAAACCUGAAAUUUAUGACCAUUUGCUUUAACUUUAGUAUCUACAAUCAUUUGUUAAUAGAGAUGCAUAUUAUUGUAACGAGAGAAGACACACAGCAUUAAAUGUGCAAUGUUGUAAGGGUUUUCUAUAAUUAACUUUUUUCUAUUACGAUGUUAUUUAGGUAGUUACAUGUAACACGGAGAGUUGACCCAAAGUUGUCUGCUGUGUCAGAUGCUCCUGCAUAACAUUUAUGGGACUGGAUAUAUAAAAUGUACUUCAUCGGGUCCACAUAAGUUGUCUGCCAUGUCUUCCAAAUUCAACAGGUACCUCUUGCUUCCCUUGGAAGAAAAUAUUACCAUUAGAGGUCACAUUUACUAUUGUGUCUGUGUCAGAAGUUGAAUAUUGUACUUGAGCACAUUGCUUUUUAAGGAUAGUGGGAAGUUUCCUAAUAUAAUAACAAUGCUUAUUUAUGUAGGUGUAGACUUUUCUGGAAAAUAUGAUCUAGAUAUAUAAAUUGAAGUUAUAUAUCUAUACAGAUAGGAAUAGUAAUUCCUAUCUGUAUAUCUUCAGUAAAUAGAAGGCCAACAUUUAUGUAAAAUUUCAAAUUUUCAAUACUUCAAGAUUUACAUAAAAUAUUUCAUUUAAAAAAAAAAACCAAAACCACCAUACAUUUAACAAUUCUACAUCUCAGGUAAAAUGUCAUUCCAAACAAAAUAUUACAUAGAGAAGGAAAUAACGUUAUCAUUAUUAUAUCCCAUGUACUUAUUUUUUUCAAAAUUCAAGAUUCUGAAUAUUAUAAAAUUCCUUUGUAAUAUGUAUUUUCUUAUGAAGGAGACAUCUUGACACAUCACUAGUGAAACCAGGCAGUAAUUUCCUAGAACUCAUGUGAAAUAUUGAAAUUGUAGUGUCUAAAACGUGUGUUAAAGAAUUUCUGUAAUAAAAAUUUAAACAAGAAUGUACAAUAUAAAAAGAUUUAUGACAACAGUAUUUGAAAAAUGUAAAUAAUAAACAAAUUAGUUAACUGUAAAUACAGUACAUGGAGUAGGAUAGAAAAGUAAGUUGAAAUCUUAUGUAACUCUGUAAUAUGUUUUAAGGAAUUAGUUUCAUUUUUUUUGGCUCAAUUCCUUAUGGAAAAGCCCAUUAAUUUGUUUUUAACUUCAGAACUACAAAAUAGAAGUAUCUGAAGUUCCAUUGUAUGCUUCUGACAAAUAUUAACACUGAGGCACUGGUUAAAACUGUAAAACUGAUGAAAGAUGAGGAAAUAAAUGCAUAUUUAUGAAGUGC